AUGGGGGCGCUUGCUUCAAUGUUCGGAAGAAAGGAUCCGCGCACUCCUGUGAAGAAUGGUUUUCAAAGACUAAAGAAUAUACUUGCAGUACAUUGCAGAGGAAUCAUUGGUACCUUAGUACCGCUCAUCGUUUUGCCGGUGCUAAUCAAAAAAGGAGAACACCAUAGAACGGUAGCAGGUCUUUGGUUUUGGAUGGCGUGGUUCUUUCUAUGGCAACCAGUAAAUAUUGAAGUGACGGGCUUCAUACCUUUGUUUCUUCUUCCCAUGACGGGGGCGAUGAACACUUUGACUACGACCAAAUGUUACUUUAGUGAUAAUGUGGCUUUGUUAAUUUUGGGGAGCAUGAUGCAUCUACUGAUUAAUAGUACUGGCGUGGACCGGCGCGUUAUACUGUGGAUGUUGUGUUCCGGAGAUAGUUGUCAGUUCUCUGGUAAAAGAUUGGUGUUUAAAGCCAGCGCUGCUGCGUUCUUCCUGUCAAUGUUUUGCAACAGGCUCAUAGUGACUUCAACUAUCAUUCAGCUCUUGGUGCCGGCGUUCAACAAUUUACAGUCCUCUACGUCUGGUUACCGAGCAACCAAAGCAGAUUAUGAUGUAAUGCGUCAUAUAGUUAUUUGUGCUGUACAAACUGCUUCUAGUAUAGGGAGUGUAGCCAUUGUACACGCGUCGUUUGCUACGAUGGCGAUGCGCGCUAUUUUUUAUAGGUACGUACUUAGAACUUAUAGUAAUAUUCUGCCCGCCAACUCGCAUUGGAACAGAUACGAGUUUCCCGAUGUAUUCAAUUAUUUACAGUACACGUGUUUUGCAUUUCCUACCGCUUUUGUGAUGUUUAUAUUCAAUUUCUUAUACUACGUGUUUCUUAUGAACUUUAUCGUUAAACCCAUGAGUGGAAACAGCAUGGUCUACAUGAGGAACAUGCUCCACGAGCAUAAGAAAUCACCGAGCAUGACUGUCCCUCUGACGCUUCAUCAAAAGGAAGAAAAAAAUGUCUGUCUGUUUCGUACAAAUCUGAUGACGAAGUAUUCUGACAUAAAAACUAGUUAUUAUCACAAGACUAGAAUACAUAUAUGCCUGGGGUUCGCUUUGAAUUUUUUAUUUUGUACGAUUUUGUUAUUUCUACUCACGUCACUAAAAAAAUGUUAUUAUGACUUCAGUAUCAGAGAUGCCACGGUCGCUGCAAUUUUCGUGACUUUGCUGCAUAUUUUUCCGAGGACUUUUCUGUUUACAAAUUACGUAACAGCUAGAGUAAAAUCGCAUAUUGGCCCUGUUUUGAAGCCGGAUUCUCCAUUUAUGCAGUGGAAUUAUUUUGAUAAAAACACAAACUACGGCUACAUUAUUCUAAUAGGUUAUAGGGUUAUAAUUUUAUCUUUUUUUUUUAUUACUGAAUCUAUUGCAGGUGGUGGAGUAGCGUUAAAUACUGCAAUUAGAGUUAGCAAACUUAACGAAAAGAUACCGCAAUACGGAGAAGAUAUAGCCAAUUUGCCGUGGGUUUAUUCGAUCUUGGUCGUUUGUAUUAUAGCGACUGUACUUCCAAAUAUAAUGUCCAGUGUAGCAGCGUGCUGUGUUUUAUUACCAUGCGUUUUGCACAUGGCACCAGAGCUUAGAGCGGCGCUACGUCAAGAUGAAGUAGCCCCAGCCCCAGCGACGCCACCCGGUCCUUGGUCAUACAGUUACUAUUUAGGAGCGCUGGCCGUUAGCAUGGGAAGUUCAUUUGGAUUUGCUCUUCCGUUUCUGUACACGCCGGCCUACUUCUGCCAUCACACGGGAAAAGUUCCUAUAAACAAAAUGAUUAAGUAUACGAUCGGCAGUGUGUUUAUAUGUAUCAUCGUGCUGUGGUUUACGGUACAUUUUUUUGCACCUGUCAUUUGGUAUGACAAAGGUGUUGGUAUAAAAACCUACUUGGUCAGUACCACCACCACCACCACAGAAGCACCUCCGCAGGAUUAAUUAGAUUUCAUUUAGGUACAUAGAAAUUAUUAUUUGACAAUUUGUCAGUAAUAAUAAUAAUGUAAUUGAUAAUAAUAUGGUAUAAAACCGGUUAAGUGCGUGUCGAGCUACGCGCAUUGUAGGGUUCCGUAGAUUAAGUUAAAACUUAAAUCCCUUAUGUACCUAAUGCACAAAACUACCGUUAACGAUACCCCAUACCAUAGAAUCGACUAUAAAUAGUUGAUUCUCUCUUUGCAUGUAGGGAAGGAAACCCAACUUUUUUUUAGUUUUCUUUUUACCUUUACAUACUUAACUAAUACCCUUACUAAAUUAAUUUUUUCUAGUUUUAACAGACUCCUAAGUUAUGUAACUGACAAUUUUAUCUUUUUAAUUAACAACGGAAUUAGUAUGCAGUUUUUGAUUUGCAAUUUUUAAGUUGGUCAACUAUUACUCUUUAAAUGCUACU